GUAUGCCGCCUUCGUCGUCGGUUGCAAAAGAUAUAGAAAUCUUUUAUAUACACACAUACGCAGUCGGUUUUUAAUAAAUUCUGCAGCGAAAAUUCCAAGCCCGAAUAAAGAAGGAGAAAUAAAAGGCAACUAAACAAAGCCGAGUGCAUAAUUAAAGCCAAAUUUCCAAGGCGAAUGCAAAUUUUUCAAGUGCGCAGUAAGCGGCUAAAUCCCCAGACGCAAUUCGGUGUUUCAAAAGUUUUAAUAAAUAAAUAAAUAUUGAAACCCAGCAAGCAGCGCUAAAACGCCAGCCAAAAGCAAAGAAAAAACGAGAAAAAGCAUCUCCGUGACGUAGGCAAACGCGAGAAACCGAAACCAAAACCAAAACUGAAACUGAAAAAACUGAGAUAUCGAGCAGACGAGAAUCACUAGCUCUGAAGUCGAGAAAGUGCAUGUGAUGCCAAAUAUCCAUAAAACGCAACAAGGAAAUCGGCAAACGUGAAUUACUAUGUGAAUGCAGCAAACGGCAAUCAGCAGUUAGCCAGCAGCAGCAGCUCUCCCUCAGUUAACCAAAUUGAUGUGCCAUUCAGGAGCAGCAGCGCAGAAAGAAGAGGAUCAGGAUCAGGAUCACAUCAGAUCAGAUCGGAGCAACGUAGAAGCUAAGCGAGAGUAUUAACCAGAGUGUAAGGCGCAUCGCAAAUGCAACAAUCCCUCCAGUAAACAAUACAGAAAGCAAAGUAUAGCAAACACAAAAAGAAACAGUGUACAUACAACUGUAACGAAUUUAAGCAACAAGCAAGCGGCUAAGGAAGAGUAUAGACCCAAUUCACGCCCCCGAGUAACCGUCUGAUAAAUGCCAAGAUAAGUCGUUACCGCUUUAAAACCGCCAUCAACAUUACCCAGCAACAAAAGCUGAUCCAGCAGCUCCAACAGCAGCAGCAGGCGAUCGCUUUCAGGGGGAAGAAACCGAAACAGAAGCUGAAAUUGCAGUUGCAGCAGCCGUUGCAGUUGCAGUUGCAGAUUGGUCAGGAAACGAACGGUACAGGCGGAGGAGGAGAGGAGGGAGUAGAGCUGUUGGGCUUACCCAAAGGUAGCGAGAACAAUUGCAAGACGCCAAACUCAACCGCAAAAGUCGCCAACAUAACACAUAAAAUUUUCGGUUGGCUACGCAAGACACGCAACAAACGGCCAGUCGAGAUCCUCCACAGCGAUUUCGGCGAAGACGGCGACGAGGGCGUUGGCGAGGGCAAAGGCCAAGGCGCAGGCGAGGGAGGAGGAGCAGCUGCCAGUGCAGCUGGCGGUGCAGCCGAUCAAUUUCCAGUGGCAAGCGUUAAAAACAAAGCCGGCAAGCUGAAUACCACACAGACAGCCACGGAGAACGCCAUCGAUUCAAACGAACCCAAAUCUGAAAAGAUGUCAUCGGGCACGUUUGUGGAUCGAAUCGACCCGUUCGCCAAACGUUCGCUCAAGAAGAAGGGUAAAAAAAGUCAAGGUUCCUCGCGCUACAGAAAUUCUCAGGAUGUUGAGCUGCAGCAAUUGCCGCCAUUGAAAGCUGAUUGCUCCAGCCUAGAACAGGAGGAGCUGUUCAUUAGGAAGCUGCGCCAGUGUUGCGUGUCCUUUGACUUUAUGGAUCCCGUGACGGACUUGAAGGGCAAGGAGAUCAAACGGGCCGCGCUCAAUGACCUAUCCACCUAUAUAACACAUGGGCGCGGUGUGCUUACGGAACCGGUUUAUCCGGAAAUAAUUCGUAUGAUUUCAUGCAACCUAUUUCGAACGUUGCCACCCAGUGAGAACCCUGAUUUCGAUCCCGAGGAGGAUGAUCCGACACUGGAGGCGUCCUGGCCACACCUCCAGCUGGUGUACGAGGUCUUUUUGCGGUUCCUGGAGUCGCAGGAUUUCCAAGCAACUAUCGGCAAGCGUGUGAUCGAUCAAAAGUUUGUCUUGCAGCUUUUGGAACUUUUCGACUCGGAGGAUCCUAGGGAGCGGGACUUUCUGAAGACGGUGUUGCAUCGCAUAUACGGAAAAUUUUUGGGACUGCGGGCUUUUAUACGAAAACAGAUUAACAACAUAUUCUUGCGAUUCAUUUACGAAACGGAGCACUUUAAUGGAGUCGGUGAGCUCUUGGAAAUCCUUGGCAGUAUCAUCAACGGAUUCGCCUUGCCCCUGAAGGCCGAACACAAACAGUUUCUGGUUAAGGUCCUAUUGCCACUGCACAAAGUCAAAUGCCUGUCACUCUAUCACGCUCAACUGGCGUAUUGCAUUGUACAAUUCCUAGAGAAGGAUCCAUUCCUUACCGAACCGGUGGUGCGUGGCCUGCUGAAGUUCUGGCCCAAGACGUGUUCCCAGAAGGAGGUCAUGUUCCUGGGCGAGAUUGAGGAGAUCCUCGACGUGAUCGAUCCGCCGCAGUUUGUCAAGAUUCAGGAGCCACUGUUCCGUCAGAUUGCAAAAUGCGUGUCGAGUCCACAUUUUCAGGUUGCUGAGCGAGCUCUUUAUCUGUGGAACAAUGAGUACGCCAUGUCGCUAAUCGAGGAGAACAACGCGGUCAUCAUGCCGAUCAUGUUCCCGGCACUAUACCGCAUCAGCAAGGAGCACUGGAAUCAAACCAUCGUGGCGCUCGUAUACAACGUUUUGAAGACGUUCAUGGAGAUGAAUUCGAAACUGUUCGACGAGCUUACCUCCAGUUACAAGGCGGAGCGGCAAAAGGAAAAGAAACGUGAGCGUGACCGCGAGGAGCUGUGGAAGAAACUGCACGAACUCGAAUCCAAUCGUUCUAGUGGGCGCACCGCCGGCGGCAGCGCCACGACAUCGAACAGCGCAGCUUCCGCGGCGUCAACGUCCCUGCAGCCACCCAGCUCCGCUGGCCUGAACUCUCAUCAGCAGCAGUCGAAUAGCGGCAGCAGCGGUAGCCUGUCCAGCGGCGGUGCCGGCGGCGACAAUAAUCCUGCGACCACAAAUGCGAAAAUCAAACAGGAUAAGGCGGACAACUAAGCAACGCGAGGCGCGCCGGAAACUAACAAUAAAACCAAGAUCAGUAAGAGCGUAAGCGUAACGCAUUAUCCGAUAUCCGUAAACGGCAGAGAGACAGCAAGCAAGCAAGCAACCACAUCUAAAGGAGAAAUAAAUAGUUAUACUAAACCACACAUAUGCUAAACCUUAAAACCAGAAAAUAUAAAACUAAAACGUAUACUCGAUUGACAAGACACCAACCAAGCUGGCCAGACCCACAGCUCGCUUGGGCGGCUGUUGAAGGAGGUAGAACCGAAAUCUGGAUCGGGAUCGGGAUCAGGAUCAGGAUCGGGAGCUGGAUCAGAUCCCAGGGCGUGUGUGUGUGCGCGGUAAUUAAGAAGCUUGAGUGCGGCAUUAAAGAAAUCUUUAUAAAUAAUGUAUCUUACAACUACAGCAACACACACACGUGCGCGACACGUAUAAAUAUAUAUUACAAAGGAAGAAAAUAAUUAUUAAUUACGUUUAAGCGAAAAGAUGUUGAAUAAAGAGAAAUCAUGUUAGUAAGUGAAAAGCAGCAGAGCGAUAACUAUAACGGAUUGACGAUUGUUGAAGCGCAUUGAAUAUUAUUAACUAAACAUAUUGCUAACUAGAGAUCCUAGCAUAGAUCGAUCAGCCAUCCUAUCCUAUCCAUACCCCCAACCAAGGAAACCACAGCACCCAAAUCACCGAAAUGUUCACAUGCUAAGUAAUCGCGUUCAUUUGAAGAUUGUAAAAUAGUUGAAACUGCGCUGAGUCCUCAGACUUUAAUUUUUUUUAAAUUAACAAAUUAUCGAAUUGCUCCAUAGAACGGCGUGUCUUAGUGCAGACUUCCCACUGAAUUGUAUAUAAAUUAAUCGAGAAUUGUGCUCCCCCUCACCCACAAUGAAACUUUGUUACUUAGCUUUAAGUGUUGCACACUCCGUCAAGACUUCUCGAAAACAGAAAUUCCAACCAUACCCGCUAAAGAAAAAGCCUGCGCAGUUACCAAGCCGAAUCUGAAUUCGAACCGUAGAGAGACAUGAGAAAAACAAAAGCAAGUUUUAGUACAUUGUUGAAGUUGCUGCUGCUAAACGGGCCAAGAUGGACAGGGAGCCGGCAAAUCUAUAAUUAGUUAAGAACACAAUUGAAUACCAUACUAUAACGUACGAUAAACGCUGAUCUAUAUAAAUGUAUGUAAAGUGUAAAGCGGGGGAUACACAAAACUAUAUAUCUCCCAGCUGAGGAAUAGGCGCAUGCGCGGAAAUCAACAUGUACUCGGCAAGAAAUGAUUACAAAUAUUGAGAAUUGUAAAAAGGUUAAGCUAGAGAUACCAAUAACCCAGCAAAACGAUAGUCUAUAGAACAAGGUUAUGGAAAAUUCAGCUUGGCAUACGUUAAUUGGCAUCUUGCGAUACAUUUCCACAGUCCACAGUCCAGGCUCGAUAUGCAUCCCACACACUCUAGAAGCUCCUUUCCAUAAAUGUAUAUCUCUGCGGAGAGCGGCCCAGUGUCGAGUAAAGCAAAUAGUUUGCAAAUGCCUUUCAGACUCUUCUCGAUUGAAUUAUCAACUCAACCUAUUAUUCACUGCUCACGGAAAUGCGCACAAUUGUCAUUCGAUUUGCUAAACAAUACCUUCGAUUGUAAAUAAUGUAGCUAAGUUAAACAGGGCAAUACUUUUGGGCCGCUUUCCCAGCAUCUCACUCUCACACUUAGCCGCACUCAUAGUAAGGAAAUAUAUAAAAUUUAUAUAUGAAAUAUGCUAUUCAUAUGUAUGUUUGUUCAUUCAACUCUCACGCGCCCAUUACAAAGUAUAGCAGGAAAGCAUGCAUUAUAGGAGCAAAACUAUAGGGAAGUAUCCACUAAUGAAUGUCUCUCAUUAGGCGAAACCGCGAAAGUUCAUAUAAUAUUAAUGAUAAUUGUGUCUGUGAAUCGUGAGUUAUUAUACACAUAUAUGUAUACAUAUAUUGCAAACAAAACCGAAAAAUGCAAAAAAAAAACCUUAAAAACCUAAAGGAAACGUAAAAGUUAGCGUUAUUAUUAAAUAUGUUUGUAAAACGUCAACAAUAUGCAAGAAAUGAAAUUAAAUGAAAUGAAAAGCGAAAAAGCGAGCGAAUGGCGCAUAGAGAGCAUCUAACUAAAGAUUGGUCGUAUAUUUCGAAACACAAAUUGAACCUAAUGGCCUAAAUACUAAGCGACGUGUGUAAGAAAGUUUUGCAUCUUUAUAUUAGCGUGUAAUUAAACAAAAGAAAUAGCUAAACGAAGCCCAAGCCUAAACAGCAAACUACAACUAGAGCUACUACAAACUACCCACGAGUAUCAUCCCCAUUAACCCACAAUAGCGAUCAGAUCGAAUCCUGUAGCCCCCGAGUCCGUUGAGUCCAACUGCCUUUCAAGAUCCCAAGAAGAACACCAAAUAUAAUGAAACACGACGAAUGUUAAAACUCGAACAGGCAGCACUUCUCGCGACUCGACCUGUUUGUUAUGCCCAUCUAGUAACUAACACCAAUCUCAGAUCCUAACUAGCAGAUCCGAAAGACGAGAGAAAAACACACGAAUAGGACCCAUCUCUAGUUAAAGUUGAUGUUUGCCUAGGAUGCCAAUCAGCAAAUCAUAAAAGAAGAACAUAUUCAAAUAACGCAAGUGUAAAAACGAAACCAGAAAUCAAGUAAGCGACAAGCAUUAGACUAAGAUUAAUGAAAAAAUGUUGAAAAAGAAUGCCUAAUAAACGAUAAAAAAAACAUAUUGUAUAAGUCAUAAGUGGUUCAAUGAUUAUUGCCUAUUCAUCAUUUCGUUUGUUUUGUGAUCAACACCUUUGUUGCACUCUGAGUUAAUCUGUUUAGUCCGCAUUCGAAGUAAAUGGUAACUUUAACUAUAGUUUCUAUUAUUGUAUUUAUAUGUAUAAACAAAUGGAGCAUGUUAAUUCGUAACUGCGGAAGCUGCUUUUAGAGCCAGCUGAGCGAAGAGGUUUAAGCAAAAGCAAAACUCGUUAAGUACUUUUAGAGAGAGAACCCUGUACUAACUAAGAAGUGUACUACAAAUAAAGUCGCAUUAACAACGUUGCAUCCGAGAUCAGAAGAAACACUCAAUAAGAAAACACUUAACAAAUGAAAAUGCCCAGGAAGCAACAAUAAGAGCUAAAUAGUUAAAGCGCUUAAACAAUAUAAACACUAUGGAUACUAACAAUGAAAUGCGAACGGAUAAAUAUAUAUGUGAAUCAUGUAUUUUCUUAUGUUCUAGACUUGUAAAAAAAACUAUCGUAUAUGCCACACACGCUAUAUUAUUACGUUUUUUAAACUUUGAGUUCUUGUUCUGUGUAGGCCAGUGUGCGAGGAUUUCGAUUCUUUUUUCCUUGGGUUAAAGGCACACACCACCCACUCCACCCACAAUCACCCAUACACACUCACUCACACACACACACACGACUAAACAAAAUCUUAUGCUGAGAGUAAAUAUAAAGAUUAAAUUAUAAUUACACAAACAUAAAUGGGAAUAAAUAUAUAUAUAGGUAUAUAUAAACAGCAUAUAUAUAUAAAAGGAAAAUUAUAUAUGGCGAAGCAUCGGAAAACAGAGGUUUAGUUGAUUGCUUUCGAAUCCAGGCAGAAAGUAUGCGAAAAUAAAGUAAAUUAACUAACUAAUGGCGAGAGGCAGCAGAAAAAGAAAAUAAUUAAAAUUGCAUGGCGCAGGCAAAAACAAAUAUUUAGCUGCAAGCAGAAUUAACCAAAAAUGAUUAAAAACCAAGUAAAAGAGGAAACAAAAAAAAAAAAAGAACACACACACACAUAAACUGAAUGAAUGAGAAUGAUGAGCAAAUCGGAGAGAAAAGAAGCAAAGAGAUCAAUCAACAA